GACUCUUGGUCUGUGUUUGAUCCGGCAAAGCUGCUCUUCCCCCAUACAAGAGAAGAACAGGGCAAUAAAGAGGACUCAAAAAGGAGGUAGCUUGUUUCACAUGCUGUUAAACGGGAGAGGCUUGGAAGUGGGACAGAGAGCCGCCUGACAUGUUAUUGUGUGGUUGCCUGAAUCUUUUCUUUGCACCACCCAGCAAUGAGCAUGUUUAUAAAAUGUGGCAGCUGAGAUGUAGAACUAUACUUUGGGUGGGGGGCAGGAGGGGGCUCUACUGGGCUGCUAUUUCCUCUUCAGCCUGACCCCAGAUUGUUUGGAAGGAGUUUCUUCCUCCUCCAAGAUCUCUCCCUCCUUCUCUCUCCAUUCCAGCCUCUGAGGGGUGUUAACAAAUUACAUGCAGGCUUUCUUACAACAGAGCAAAUCUUUCCCCUCUGUCUGAUCUAUGAGCAGAAAGCUGGACGGAUAGAACUGUCAACCAUGAUAGACUCAGGCAGCUGGAUCUUAGGAGGUUAGCAGUGGACUACAGUUACCCGAAUCCACAGCCGAGAUGGCCUAUCCAGGGAAGUCUCGUCUGAGGAGAUCUUUCAGCGAACAUGUCAGGGUCUCCACCAACAAAGCUUGGGAUGUCUUUUGGAAGAGCACGCGAGAAAAGCGUUUAUCAGAAAUUGAGGCCAAAGAAGCCUGUGACUGGCUGAAAGCUGCUGGCUUCCCCCAGUAUGCUCAGAUGUUUGAAGAUAUGCAAUUUCCUGUUGACAUCACCAUGGCAAGAAAAGACCAUGAGUUCUUAGAUGAAGAUGCCAUAGAAUCUCUGUACAGACGGUUAAAUACACUGAAUAAAUAUGCAGCAAUGAAGGUGGAAAUAAGUCGACAAAGGAAGCGGAGUGAUGACUCUGAAGAAGAAGAACCUUGUGCAAUAAGCAAGAAAUGGACUUAUGAGAAGCAUACUCGGAGGUGGUCUCGCCUGGGGAACUCAGAAAGUUCUGCGGCACUAUCAGCUCCCAAUAGUCUGAGGGUGAAAUGCUCUGGCAGUGGAGAUAUAGUAUUUUCUGAUCAAAGAGAGAGAAAUGACAAAUCCUCGGUUCACAGUUCCAGCAGUGGGGACAGUGACUUAAUCAGCUUUUCAAAAACAGGUGAAGAAAUAGACACAAGCAGGAGUUCUUCAACAUGCUCUUCAAACAAGUUGGCAUCUCUUGACUCCACCUUCAGCUGCUCUCCCUCUCCGAGCGAAAUCUUGAAUAUAAUCAGUGAGGACAAACAUUUAGACAAACCAACCCACAAAAAGGGAAGGAGUUUCUUAAAGAAAAUGGAAAAAUUGCGCUUAAGAAGUAGCAGUUUGAAGAGAGAUGCCCAUUCAAAGGCCAAGCCUCUUAUUAGUGAACCUGUGCUUGUAGAGGGACUAAAUGAAGAAAAACUGAGAAACCUCAACUGCAUAAGUAUUUCCGAUGUGUCUGAGGGUCGUCUGAGGCAGCCUUCUUAUUCCCCACAGACCUGUAGUAGCAGCAGCAGCAGCAGCAGCCAGUCUGAAAAUAGCAGCACCAUGAGUACCCCGAGCCCUGUUAUUAAAGUGAGGAGACAUAGUAAAAAAGGGGGAAUGGAUGUGGAGGAAUUUGAUUCCAACAAGAUUUCCUCGUGGAGUGAUCUUUCUGAGCGUAACAUCAAAAACGAGAUCCAUUUGCAGCAGGCCAAAGUUUUUCAAGUACCACAAGGCCAUAAGCCUGGGACCUUCCCAAAAGCACUUACCUACAGCCUCUUAUCUCCAAUAGACAAUACUUCUGUUAACUGGAGAACAGGGAGUUUCCACGGAUGCCGGAGAAACAGGACUCAGAUUUGUUCUCAGGAGCCUGAAACGCCUCCUGGCUCUUUUUCACUGGGGGACAACAGACUGAGCAUAUACGACAAUGUUCCAGGCAUUUAUUUGAACAAAUUGGACGUUGGUGAGGAUGAUGUUUUUACAGAACUAGACAAUGUUAUGGAACAUGUUAAUGGGCUUAGGAAAUUGGUCAGUCAGUGGACAGAGAAGUUCUCUGAUGAUGGGGACUCUGACUCGGCCACUCACUCCAACCAGUCCACCUCUCCAUGCCCAUCAUCUCCUAAAGGGAUCCGUCUUGAUAUUAAAGAACAUUCAGAAGGGAAAUUGGUAGGAUUUCCGGUUGCUGAUGAUGAAGAAGACUGUAAACAUGUUGGUGAACACGGCCUCACGGAACUAAUGUACAUCAUGGAACCAGGGACAAAACUGACGUCUGAGCAUUCAAUCAGCUGCUUGAGGAGACAUUGCUCAGCUGAGGAAUGCACACAUUUGGGAAAUCUUUCUUUGGAAAUCGACAGCCAGUCAGCUUCCCGUCUUACUCAAAUGCAGAAGCUUGCUUUGCUAAAGUUGACUACUUUAAUGGAUAAAUAUUCUCCUUCCAGCAAACAAGGAUGGCACUGGACUAUUCCAAAGUUCAUUAGAAAAGUAAAAGCCCCUGAUUAUAAGGACAAAAAUGUAUUUGGCGUACCAUUACUGUUAAAUACCCAAAGAACAGGCCAUUCACUUCCAAGAAGCAUCCUCCAAGCCAUGGAUUAUUUACGAGACCAUUUUCUUGACCAGGUUGGCCUUUUCCGAAAAUCUGGUGUGAAAUCAAGGAUCCUUUACUUACGGGAAAUGAAUGAAAACAGCCCAAAUAACAUAACUUAUGAGGGACAAUCAGCAUUUGAUGUGGCAGAUAUGGUGAAACAAUAUUUUCGAGAUCUUCCAGAACCUAUUUUCACUAGCAAGCUCUGUGAAUCUUUCCUCCAUAUCUAUCAAUAUCUGCCAAAAGAGCAGCACUUUCAUGCUGUCCAAGCUGCGAUUCUUCUGCUUCCAGAUGAAAAUCGUGAAGCUUUGAAAGUUCUGCUGUUCUUUCUCCGUGAUGUUGUAGCUUUUGUGGAGGAAAAUCAGAUGACUCCAACCAACAUUGCUGUGUGUCUAGCACCAUCUUUGUUCCACCUUAAUACCCUGCGGAGAGAGAGUUCCUCAUCAUCCAGAUCCAGCCUGAGGAAACACAGUACUGGAAAACCAGACCAGAGGGAUCUGAGUGAGAAUUUAGCUGCGACACAAGGUCUGGCUCACAUGAUAAUGGAGUGCCACAGACUCUUUCAGAUACCUGACUAUUACUUCGACCAGGCAUAUGAAGAUUCACAUGAUCCAAGUAACCCCAGUGAAGCAGCUCCACACCAAACGUCCUUAGCAAAGCAUUCCAGUACAGUGGCAUCCCUGGAACGGUCCAUGCAGGACUUGCUCCGAGAUGACAAAGAGAAGUUUAAGAACUGGGUGACCUGCUCCAUUUUAGAAGGGGUCGAUUCUGCAUAUAAAAAGGUGGAUGAUGACUUCUGUGUGCGGUUGUGGAAAGCUGCUGUUGAAAUUGAUGCUGCCCCCAAAGUGGUUUUACAUCGGAUAUUAAUGGAGCAGCACAUGUGGGACCCAAACCUUCAGGAAACAAAAAUCCUAGAGAUCUUUGAUGAUGAAACAGAUGUCUACCACUACACAACAGAGAGCAUGUCUCCACUUCCUCCACGUGAUUAUGUGGUCCUAAGGACUUGGCGGACUGAUCCCCAGAGUGGCACAUGUGUGUUAGCAGCAACGUCAACUAACAGCGAAGGUGCUGCUGUGAGCGGGAUCUUGGCUCAGGUUCUACUUUGUCAGUACCUGAUAGAAGCAGUUGGCUCUCAAAAAUCAAAAGUGACCCAUGUCUGCCGAAUAGAUACCAGAGGCCGGACAACUGAGUGGUACAACAGGGUUUUUGGUCAUUUGUGUGCUGCAGAACUUAUAAGGAUUAAAGAAUCAUUGAAAACUUCUCCUUACUGAAAUUAGUCCAGAGAUGACCACUUUAUACUUUUCGAGAGAAAGACAAAGCAUGGUGGCCAAAAUUUCUCUUUUCAAAGUCUGAGGAAAGUUGAUUCACCUUUAUUAAAAAUUAAUCAGUUAAAAAAGCAAUAUAUAAACAAAACACUAAAUAACUCCAUGGAUCAUUUAGUUCCAGUGUAUCCUUGAAGUGACUGUCACUAUGCACCAUUGUUUUCUGUUUUGUAUACAAAUUUUAUACGAAGAAUUAUGUUGAAUGUUACUUAUACAAAUUUUAUACCAAGAACUAUGUUGAAUAUUAUCUAUCAAAGUAAAUUAUUUAAGAGGAACAUCUUGGUAUGUUCUAAAUAUAUUUUAAGUAAUGUGUAAAUGUGAGAUUUUAUUAUUUUUCAGAUGUUUUAUAAACUAAAAAUGUGAUAGUAGCAUACCUCUGCAGCUCCAGGUGGGUUUAGAAAACCAACUAAGUGUUACACUGGUUUGAGUACUGUUAACUUAUUACAAAUUAAUUCCAUUCCUAUAAGAAGUCAACCUAUACCUAUGGGUCACAAAUACUUGUGCCUUUUGCAAGUGGGAAGCCAUAAACAAACACCCACAAAGACUUUUGCAUACAUUAAAUGGCUGUGCAGGAAUCUUCAUUUUACAGGCACACAGUAAGCAGUGUUCUGAUGAAAGGCAAAAUGUGUGCUUUAGAUUAUAAAUGUGUUCCCCGCUGUAAUGUAAAACAGCCUACUAAGCAGUGAUGGGUGGGAUUGCACAGCGUGCCCUUAGAUCUGCAAGCGAUGCUUCUGAGUGGCAGGCUCCUUCAGUAACAAGACCAUUGCUAUAGAUGAAGAGGCACCAGUAGUUGUGAUCUGCGUGCAUUUCCAAGUACAGCUUUGGGAACAGGGACAAAUGGGCCAUGCAAUAAAAUCUUGCAACCAAGA